AUGUUGACUAACAUUCUCGACCAACUCAUCAAGACCUACGGCCACGAAUUCCUGGGCGACUGGGACCCGAUCAACAACUUCCGCAUCGACUCCCUCGCAGAACCCGAGGUUCAUUUGACGAACAUUCCCUUCCCGCAGCAGCUCUUUGACCUGGCAGAGAUUCCCUUUGCCGUUGACUACUCAAACAUUGCAAAGGUCCGGGCGAAGUUCUCUUGGCAAACGUUCUUCGGCUCGCCGUCCUCCAACCCCUUCACAAUCGAGGCGGAAGACCUCGAGAUCAGACUAAGGCUGCUGUACCCCAGUGAGUGGGACGCGGAGCACUGGCUGGCGAAGGUUCUCAAGGCCAAGCGAAAGCGCGUCGACCUGUGGCAGAAGUUCGCCUCGCUCUUUAGCAUUUCUGUCCCGGACAAAAAGUCGCUCACGCAGACGAUUGAGCCGCGAAUUGUGAACGCGCUGAAGAUUCGCGUGAAGAACAUCCACGUGCAUCUGGUCGACGACAAUCUCCACCAAACGCCGUUUGGCUUCGAAUUCAAAAUCGAUGAGUUCCUCAUUGACUCGCCCCACCGGGGCGACUUGCGCCUCUCUGAAGUCGAGAGCGCAGGCACGGAGAACUGUCUGCUGAUGGGUUUGUGGAUGCGGUUCGUGGGACUUCAUUUGUGGUUUCGUGAGUUUCCUCGGCCGCAGCUCCGAUGGCGGUCGGGCCCCUCGGCGUUUGUGAAGAAGGCGCGGGAACUGCGGCGUCGCCUGAGGAAGAACCGCGGGGACGUGGAAGCCCGCCGGGAGUUGAAUCUGCUCCUGAGUCGCCACGGAGAAGAUGGCGACGAGGAGACCGGGACACAGUUGUCGUCUGCGGAGCAGGAGAGCGGGGGGGCCGGCUCUGGCUGCGAUCCCGCGCCCUCGUCGCCGUCGAAAAAGUCGGCGCGUGAGGCCUCCACGCGAUCUAUUGAACUCGCAGACGGCGAAAAAGAGGCGCUACGAGAGGAAGGCGAGGCGGCUCGGAUCGAAGCCGUCGGCGGGAACAGCGGGGCGGACAGCGACCCGGGGCCGGUGACCGACAGGCGCGCCGUCCGGAGCAAAACGACCUUUCGUCGCAGACCUCAGACCGUCACGUUUUCAACCGACGAGAGUGAAAGUCUCAGAGCAUCAGAGCGGGAGAACCAGGCUCGGCGCGCCUUCUCCCGGCUCGACACGGCCAUAGGUCAGCGCGCUGGGAAGGGGCCGGACGCCGGCACGGAGACGUUGGUGCGAGACGCAUCGCAGAUGUCGCGCCGCUUUCGGGGCCAGGAGACUGAUUCGGACGAGAAGCAAGACGCAGCAAAGGGGGGCGAUCAGAAAGUGAAGAAAAGCCGCGCCAUGACUGCGGAGAUGCGGUCGGUCGAGCGGCUGACGGAGCAGCUGAGCCGGGAAAUCAUGGACACUCUCCCGAUUCAAGACGAAGACAUUGCCCGGGAGCUGGCCGCGAAGGCGAUCAAGAAGGGUCUCGUGUCUCCCUCGAUCAGCAUGGCGAGCGCGAGUUCAGUUUCCCCCCUCGACGCCACGGAGAGUGGGCGCCUCCCGGCGGACUCGGCCGGCCACGUGAAACCCGCGGAGACGGACGCGCAGAGAGGCGGCGCCGAGACGCGUUCGCGAAGGAGGCGGGCGUCGCGUUCGCCCUUGCCCAGGGACGAGGACGCAGACUGCCUCCAGGGUAUCCGGGCGGGGAAAGCGUUCAAAGUCGUCCCCAGUCAGAUCCGAGACGUGCUUCCUAGGAACUCGCACGCCUUCCGCGUGACGCCGGAGACCGGCAUGGAAAUGCACAUUUUGUUCAAGAAGUGGGAGUUGCGGGCCUUGGGAUCGUCGCUUCCCGUCCACCAAGAACCCUGGAAGACAGUGGAGCUGUCCUUCAUCGCCCACGACCCGUCCAAGUACCCGUCUCUGGGGAAUCCCGUUCGGCCGCCGCUGUGCGCGCCGCCGUCGGCUCGGCUUCCCUUCUUCAAUCUGCACGUCUCGCCGUCCGAGUCUGGGGACCAGGCCGACGGGGCGCGGUCCGCGUCAGCCCCGCCUCAGGGGGCUGGCGGCGCGGCGGGAGACAAGGAGACAGGCGGUGCGCCUCCCUCGACAGAUGUGCUGACACAGGGACCGCCGCCUCCGCUCUUUGAUGGCCGGCAGCACGCGCCGCUGCGUCUGUCCAUGACUUCUGCAGUUGUCGACGCAUUCUUCAAUUUUAUCAAACUCCUGGACUUGUGGUUCGUCUUCAUGAAGGGCGCCACGCGGCCCCUGAAGCGCGUGGCAUCGGAAAAGGAAUGCGAAACCUACGUGGACUUUUGGAAGAAGAAGCUCGUGGGGCAGACGAAGCCGGACGACGACGUGGAGAAGUACGUCGCCCAGUUCGAGUACUCUUCGCCCCUCUUUUUGAUUCUCCGUCUGCGUCAGCUGGCGGAAGACAGUUUGUCCUGGAAAGACGGGGUAUCGGCGGCGCUUCUGCGGAAACAAGUCUUCCGAGCUGUGACCCUGGGCACCCCACAGAACCCGUUCUCGUGCACAGGCUGCCGCCCGUAUCUGUGCCGAGAAGAGGAGACCACAGAGGCGGCCGCGGAUCCUGGGUACGCCAAACGCGACGCGUCAGGUGCCGCCCGGGGCGACGAAUUCACCGAGGGCCUCGCUCUCGAGGCCGAGGGGAAAGAAGGCGGAUUCGGUGGAAAGCGCUGGUUUUUCUCCGACUCGGAACUCCAGGUUCUCGUCCCCAACGUCUGGCUAGAAUUGCUGCCGGCCAUCAAGGGCGGCAUGCACAUCGACUUCCCUCUGAGCAUCGCCCGCUCCCGUCGCCGCAAAUCCCGGGAGACGAGCUUUCAUGCCACUGAAGGUGACAGAGACGAAGACGCUCGCAACGCGAGUGGCCGCUGCCGGAGAAGCAGCGACGGUCCCACGCGCGGAGCUCCGAGGCGCCGCGUGCCCGGCAUGCGUAGGCCUUGGAAGGAGCGAAACGGAGAGAAUUUGAACGACGGGGGGGGAUCUCCGCCCUUGCGACCGCACAGCGGACACGGCGCCCCCGGACUUCCGAGACGCGCAUGCAGGAGCCUGGAUUCGAGGAAAGCUGCCGCGGCGGCAGGGGCGUACGAUCCGCUGCGGUCGUUUCCGUCCUUCGAGAGCGGGAGCACGCCGACUGCGACCUCGGGUUCGCCGAGAGACUGCGGAAGAGGCGAACCGGGAGAGCUGGACCGGCACGGAGACGGCCGCCGCUCCUUUCGGCGGAGAAGGGAAGACUCGCGCAUCAUUCGCGGCCACACGCCAGGAGAGCGUGCGGGAGGGCGUAGGAGCACAGCCAGUCUGGACGGCGAUCCCGCUCAGGCUCGGGGGGAACUCGCCGCCAGAGGGGCGAUUUUCGACCCGCUCCCCCCCACGACGCUCUGUUUCGUGGUCAGUUGCGACUUCCGGUUCCACCAAAAGAAGAAGUCCGACUUCGUGCGAAGCAACGACAUCUUCAUCGACCUUGUCCAUGUCCAAAAAGGCAUGGUUGGGCUCCAGCUGAAACGCUUCGACCGACUCUGUUAUGUCCGGACGAUGCGGGCUGAGGACGUUCAGACGCCUCUCCCGAGAUACUUGGUUGCUCCCGCCCCCCUCCCGUACGGCGGGUGGACGACGGUUCUGUACAUGCCGCGCUUCCCCGGUUCGCGAACGGGGUGGGGGGUCGGUCUCGCUCGAGCGCCUCCGCGGCCUUCCAGAGGGACUUCUGCGCACACAGACACCCGAGAGACGUCGGAAGAAGGGGAGUACCAGCUGAUCGGGCAUCAUGUGAUCCAGGGCGGUCACAACGUUCGUUUUGGCGCGGUGCCUGGGCUCGGCGGCGCGGCUGUGGCCGAUGCAGACGUUCUGCUGAGCGCCACGCCUCGUAACUCUGCCGUAGGCAAGCAGGGCGAUACGAGCCAGAACGCUGGCGAGGGCAGAGCGGGAAAGACCGGUGGGGCUGUUGGCGGCCCGACUGUGCACUUUGAUCCUCUUCUCCCCGUCAAGCGGCGAUCAGUUGUUUCGGCUCUGACUGCGUACAUAAACCAGAUGGGUUCUGACCGAAAGGCGUCAGACAAGACGCGUGGCUAUCUUCCAGCAGCCGCGCCUCUCGCAGGGCGCCAGGGGGCUGCUCCCGAAGGCGCGACGGGGCGCUUUUCCGAUGCGGAAGCGAGGUCUGCAGAAGGCGACGACGUCGUGGGGCCGAUCGGAUCGGAUAGGCGGAAGAGCAUUCGGAUCUAUCUCGCCGACAAACUGAUGUGGGACGAAGACCAAGAGAGAACCCGAAGCAAGAAGAAGACCGUGAUCACUCUGCCUGAAGUCACGGUUGUCGCGAGCGAGUUACUUAGUCUGGCCGACGUCUUGCCGACCACCUUCGUCACACUCGACCUCUUCCUGCGCGAGGAUCCGCUCGCGCCCCAGUCGACCCUCGAUGCCCUUGCAUGCGCAGUGAACUACUGUCCCCGCACCGACAACGUGAUCUCGAUCCAGAUGUCGGAGGCGACGCUAGUCUACCGACAGUCGCUGCUCGACUACGGCCGACUCAACACCUUUCUGCAGUACGAACGCCGUCUCUGGGAUGCGUCGGCGAAGCGUCGAUCGCUGGGAACCUCGCUGGCUCCAAAACCGACCCGAAAGUCAGCUGUCGAGCGGCAACUCUCGCGGGUCCUCAGCCGCGGCUUCAGUGGCGGUCAGCUCGGCCACGUCCGCAGGUUCCGCGCCGCAGACUUCCACGGCGUGAGUGACGAUCCCGUGAUAUCUGUGAGCCGUCGCAAGCUGAAGACCAUUGUACGGGACCAUUCCUUUAUCGCGACCCGGCACCUGGUGUUUGCCGAAGACCGGAAGAGCCACAGGGGCUGUUCUCGCGGACAGGGAAGUGUUUUCGACAUCCAAGGACCCGGCAGACCACUUCACGACUUGCUGCGACAUUACUCUCCUGGUCCACGGGACGGCGACACAGGCAUCCCCGGCCCAGAUCGCUACACUCCGUUCUGGGGAGAAGGCGGCGAAGCCGUGCACCUGGAAGGAAGUUCCGCGGCGGAAGCGCCGUCUGGGUUCGCGUUCUAUGACUUGGGCGGAGCGGGCGUUCCGAGUCUGGGCCACCCUCGAGGCCUAGGCGAGGGGUUGGGAUUCCGUGGCCUUCGCGCCUGGCCAGACGGCGCAGAGCUUGGGGGCGAAGGGCGCAGGCUGGCGGCGGGCGGUCCGGCGGCGGGGCUUCUCCAUGACGCGCCGUCGGCCGGCGACGAUGAAGGCGACGACAGCGGCUCGGGAUGGGGAGACCGGGAGGCUGCGGAGAGGCGGAAGUCCUUCAUCGAGGACGAAGACGACGGCAACAUGUGGGAGGACACCAGCGACCUGUACUCGUCGGACGCCAUGGGGCUGUUUGGUCCGUCUAGCUCAAGUGAAGACAGCGAGGAGGCACCGGAUCAGGAAGUCGAGGAAAUGAUUCUUGAAGCCGAGCGGGAGCCUGUCGAGUCGAGUGGAUUUGAGCCCGUCACCGAGGGUGUCCAAGUGGUUGUCGAGCGCGCGAAAAUCGUGAUCAGGGAGGAGAAACCCUGUGGCGAACAAACUGUCGAUGUCGAUGUCGGUGCCUUGACAGCCAGAGCCCUGCUCACGCCGUGCUUCCAGGCUGACCCGUCGCAGUCCGUGUCGCAGCUGUGCAAAAUCGAGAAAACGCGGAUUCGCGUGCGGCCAAACCGCGUGAGUGUCUCUGUUCGGGGUGUACAUACAGGUGUGUGCACGCCUCUGUGGUCACUUGGGGCGACGUGGCAAUACUUGCUUCCUCACAGCUAUCCAUUCACCACUGCAAUGCAAAAUCCGAAGGCUUUGCUGCAGAAAUUAAAGCAGAUGGGCCAGAUGCGGGACAUCGACAAGCACGCCCAGCUGACGAUUGACAAGCUCGAGGACGAGCAGUACCAACUGAUGCUGAAGGACCAGGAGGAGCGGCGCGACUCGGCGCCGACCAAGCACGUGGAGGAGACGAAGAAAAGACGAGAGAAGGCGGGAGCGACGAAGAUAGAGGGAACUGGGGAGAACCCGGUUUUGCCCGGAACACAACCUGGAACCGCGACGGAAACUCUGAGACAGGGAGACGCGGAGACUUCCACAGGUAGUCCCCGGGGCGCCGGCGCGUCGAGUCUCGAAUGCGGGGGCAGAAAAAACGGCGCAGUGAAGGAGAAACGCGCCGGUGGGACUCUUUUGCAGCGAGCACGGCCUCCUCCUCUGGACCCUCCCGAAAGCGGAGUGUACGCCGAAGCCCUCGAGCCGCGAUUCAGUUGGCUCUUCGGUACCGGGGACGAGGACGAGGAAGGCGCCGAGUGGUCAGAGAAAAAGACAUCGACUUGGGGCAACGGUAGCCAUGCGUCUGAGGAUUCCGGCCCGCGUGUUUUAGGAAUGUACCUCUGUGGCGCCGGAGCGGGCGCGUGUAAGGCAGGAGGCGAGACAUUCCCGGAGGACGGCCCUUCGGAAGACACGAAGACACCAAAGCACACGUCGAGUGCACUCGGUGUCUCAGGUGGGUCGACUCCCGCUCCCGCGGGCGCCGAACGCGACGCUGGAAGAAGCGGAAAGAGUCGAGAUCUUGAGGGUGUCUCUGAGGCGGCAAAGGGCCGUGAUGUCGAGCGAGGCCAAGCGGUGAAGGGGGCCCUGCGAAUCGUGGGCGGCGCUCGAGCCUCCGGAGACGCCCGGGGAGCCGACUCCGACGAUGCGGCGUUUCAGUGCUUGAGUGAAAAGCAGGUUCGGACGGUGGCUGCAGCACGCGUGGCGGCGCUUCUCGCUGCCGAUAAGGCGGCAGCGGCGAACAUGGCGAAACGCGUCGUGAUUUCGUGCGAGGUCGUCAGCGUCGGCUUAUAUACGGGGACUCAGGUCCUUGCGGUGGCUUUGACCACCAACGACGUCCGAGUGCGCCUAGAUCUCCACGGAGAACGCAAGGCGGUGAGGGCGGAAGUCGGGGAGGUUUUCAUGCAGCAUGUGAAUCCGGUAGCUCCACCGGCGACCUCGUCAGGCUGUGAAUCGCAGCAGCCACUCGGCCCCAGUGCCGGCUCAGCUGUCUCCCCUCGCCAGAGCCUGCGGCGCGUCAGUAGGGUGAGGAGUGGCAACGAUGCAUCUCCAGAUUCCCGCCGAGACCCGGGAAUGCUGUACCUGACCGGCGGGGCGCCGUUGUUCGCAGACGGCUGUUCUUCUGGGCUCGGUUACUCGAGUAUCGUUCUCUGCAGGUAUGUCGCUCCCUUGGGCGUUGGCAGCAGCGAAGUGCGACACACACUUGGUCUCGCGCAGCACGGACCGCCGGAUGCAGACGAGGGCCACAGCCUCCCUGCGGGCGACGUCGGAGAGCCCGUCGCUGGACGAGACGACUUUUCCGGGCAUCCAACUGGGAGAGUCAGGGCAAGCGGACGAGGCGGGGGGAUCGGCGGCGCCCGGCCAGCGGGGCACGCGGGGGGGAGCGAGCUGGCGAGCGGCUGGUCUGGAUGCCCUGACGGGCAGACGUGGGGGCCCAAAAACACGGGGAAGGUCGCUGGGCCUCCGGGGCGGAGCUCGAGCCGCUUCCGGACGCUCACGAGCGACAGUGCAAACGAGCUGCGGGCUCGAGCGUUGCGGCGACCUGAGGCAGGAAGCAGCGAAUUCCGGACCCAGUCGGCUCCUGCCUGCCGACGUUCAGGAGAGAAAGGCUCUGGAGCCGGCCGAGAGAGAGCAGGCGAGCAGGACGGCCCCUCGAACCACGAGUUGAUUGACGAUGAGGGGGAAAAUGACGAGGACUUGGACCUCGACGACGAGGAGAUCGGACGCCAGCCUGCGAGACUGCGAAGCGCCAACUCGGUAGCUACGGAUUGGAAUUUCAGCGGCACGAGUGGCUUGCUGGUCGGCAGCUUGCCGUCUGGCCAAGAGGCAGGAACCGAACGGAGACGGGCGAACGUGCACGAGGUGCUGGCGCUGGAGGGAGGCGCCCGAGCGGCUUCAGGAUCGGACAGCCGAGACAGCAGCGGGUUCGAGGCCCGCGGCCUGAGUGACGAUGAGACAACCUCGGUGUGCCCUGAGGGUGCGGCUUCGCCUGUGAGCCGCGCCGCGAGGUUGGUUUCCCGCCUAGACCAGAUUGCGAGGCGGAAGGGAAAGCGGGAGCCGUCGCCCGCGGGGAUCGAGGCGAAAGGAGGGGACGAUGGCGAGCACCUGGAUGGCGGCGAGGGGCGGUCGGACCACAGCCCGGGGGGGUUGCGGCGAUCUCUCCUCAGAGGCACGACGACCAGGUUUCAUGCCACCGCCAGAAGUCUGCUGACACGAGAGGACAGGGGCCCAACGGGGCGCCGCGGGGCCGAGACAGCGAAACAGUUGGCGGAGGCGAGUGCGGCGGCGAUGAAGCCAGUGAACACUUUGGUCAAGUCGGGGCGGCUGACGGGGAGACGCUCACGGCCCUCGGAUCGGCACCUCCGCAAAAACGAGUCCACCCGGCGAGGCGCGUGUACGCUGGAAGGGCGGACCGGGAAUCUGGACGAAUGGAAGGAGAUAGUGGACGAUGCAGACGAGUGCGUGGACGAAGACUACGAGAAGGAGUUCUGGGCAGACGACCGCCCCGAAGAGGCGGCGCCGACGAGAAUCUGCGGGUCAGGCGACCCUGAUACGCAAGUCAAGGCCUUCAUCUUUGGCAGCGAUACGUCGGGACGCGUUUCGGGCGCGGGGCCUCGUGAGGGACUUCUGGGACGUCGAGGUGGGCUGGCGAACCUCACCGCGUCGACUCCACCGCAGAUCGUGCUGUUCUUCUCCCUCAAUCCCGAAGCAAAUAGAGUCGAUGCGAACGGGAAGAUCCGCUCUCUCCACUUGUUUCCGACCGUUGCAUUCACGUGUUCCGUGACGGAGAUCGCGCUUCAAUCCGUCAAGUUUUUCAAAGAGGAAACACAGCGCUCCUCACUCCUCGUUGCGGCCGUCUCAGACGACCCCAUGAGCAGCGUGGUGGCUCGACGGCACGGCAUGUCUCUCCUGGCUCGUCGUGGGACGCCUUGGGAGGCCGAUUCAGGCUCGAAGGAUCGAGACGGUCACGAGCCUGGGAUUCGUGUGUCUCGCCGGCUAUCAGGGGCAGCAGGGCCGGAGCACGCCGGAUACCCGAUGCAGAAGUAUCCCGUAUCACCGCGGCGUGCCUUCGAUCCAGUGUACGUUCCUGGGGACGCAGACUGGCCGAGUGCAGUUUCCAGUCGCGUCGCCGCAGCCCCCAACUUCUUCCAGGGUGGCGCAGCUUCGGCGAUGGCUCGACCGGCACAAGGCGCGUCUUCGCAGCGCAAGUUCACGGCGCGCACUGGAGACAGUCGUGGAGCGGGCAGCAAGUCUGGAGGCGAGAGGACCAGCGACCUGGAGGACUCUGGAGAGUCGAAAAAGAAAGGUGUUUGUCGGAAGAUCUCAGUUAACUUCGUUCUCGAUGAUAUAUCCGUUAACGUGCUGACAGCGGAUUCGCAGGCUCCACUGAUGCCUGGAACCACGUCGGGGCUUGGCGACCCUGAGACUGUGGCCUUUUUCUCUGGAGCCGUAGAAACCGUGUUGGGCAUUGCACACAAAGUCGGAACAGAUCCACAAGUCGCGUCCUCCGGUCCGGCCGCACUGGGGCCUCACGAUGCUGUUUUCCCCCUGGGGAGAAACGCCAUCGAUGGAGCUUGUUUGAGUCGAGUCACUGGCGGCACGCCCGCGCACGCGGUUCCUGCCGUGGCCGGUGGGAUAUCUGGAUCCGGCGAGCCUGAAGGCGGUGUCUCUCCCAGGUGCUGUGGCUCUGCAGUUGUUCGCGGUUAUCCUCCCGCACAUCGCUUCCUCCCCUAUCCGCUGAUGUACACGGCGCAACGCUGCUGCGGCAUCCAGAAAGCCCCCCUGCCGGAAUGGGUUCCGCUGGCGCUGGAAGGGGCGUCUGGAGGACAGGCUGCGGCGAAGCCUGCGGGCGGUUCGGGGAAGGCCCCACCGGUAACAAAGAAGACCGGUUUGGUGCGGGGCUCGUCACACGCCUUGGGGCCGGCAGGAUCUCUUUCUGCGUUCCCGACCGCCAGUCCGGAUUCGAUUCUGGAUUCGACAGAUGAACACGAGUAUCUCCCGUUCGUCGCCUUCCGCCACGCGCACAAUCCAGCGAGUAUCCCGCAUAUGUGGCCCACAGAUGUGUUCAAUAGGACGGUGAUUGUGGACGCACCGACACUGGGUCUGAAGAUUGAAACCGUCGUCUCCGUCGAGGUGCAAACGAGAGCUGGAUUCGACGAGGAGGGCCGGAGCCCAGGAGCGUCGCGGAGACAGGGGAAAGACGCUGGAAGCCGAGAUUCGGCACCGGCAAACGCCCCAGGGAACUCUAGGCUCGCGACGGAGUCACCAGCUGGGCAGCACGACCGCGAGGGCGCCGCGAAGGCAACGGUGAUGGAGCAAACGAUUUCGGCUUGUAUCUGGCGGUUCCAGGUCUGCGCAGUUCGAAACUGCACGUGGACAAUGGCCGCCCUGGUUCUGUUCGACACCGAGUAUGCCGCAGUGCUUCGCCGAACCGUCGCUGGUGUGUCGGGAGGCCGGUCGCGGGAAGACGGUUCCGGCCACGCGGGCGGGGACGAUCAGCGCCAGUGGCAGGCGCAGAACCUGGAGGACGCGGUAGGCCGAGGCGUCCAAGGGACUGGUGACGGUUCGCGAGAGGCGGACGUGUACGGCGGCGCAGGUAAUGGACUUGCGCGCAGGCAUCGACGAGGCGACAAGGAUCAGGGUGCCGCAUAUCGUGGCUACGCAUGGCACAGCGGAAUCGACGACGGCGCCAAUCGGGCAUCCGACGAGGGCCGCGGGUCGACCGGAUUGUAUCCAGGGCAUGUUGGGUCGUUCGGGAGCUCCAGCAGAAGCCUGAGCAUCCAGGAUCACCAUGGGCUGGUGGCGCGGACUGCUGCAACUGCUUCUCCCGCUGACAGCGUAUUUGCAGGGAGUCUUCAGCAUCUUGCCGGCGAGGGCGGAUCGUCUGGUGGGGGCACGGGGGGGCGGUCGUCUUCAGCGGUCUCUUUGGUCGAAGGUAUGUACGGUUCAGAGGGCCAUCACGACGAGGACGAGCCGGGCGCGCCGCCUGGGGACAGAAGCCGGUAUCGACACGGUGCGGAGAGCGCAGAGGCGGUGACGCCUCUAGCGCCGUCCCCGCAUUCGGGCGCAAUCACGGAUUCAGAAGUAGGAACAGCGAUGAGCGGUCGAAACAAAGGGUCGUGGCUUUUUCGCCGCAAGACCGCGUGGAUGGCCAGUGCGGCAUCGACGAACGGCACAUGCAGUGCUGACGGGGCGGGUGCGGGGCAGCAGGGAACGGCGCUGCCAGAAGAAGAUGGGCGGCGGAAGCGCCAUAGCAUGCGCAUACGCACCUUCUCUUCGGGCGGCGUGAAGCGGAUUGUCGGCGGCAGGCCCCACGGGGGCAGUUCGCUGGCCGGAUCUCCCGCCGCGGCCGCCGAGCUGGGAGGCGAUGGCCAGCCAGGGAAAGUUGGAAGAAAAAGGGCCUUCAGUAUCCGACCGCGCUCGCGCACGUUGUUCGGGAGGAUCUCGGACUUCGAUUCGCACUGCCGCUCUUCCACAGCAGCGGGCUCUUCUCAUUUCGUCUCGAGUGCCACCGGUCCGACGUCUGCACCUGGCGACGGAACUUCGCCCCCGCCGAUGAACUUUAAGAGAUACAGUGGAGAGUCGAAGCCUGCUUGGCUUCCUGGACGCGGAGCAUUUCGUAAGGGAGUGAAAUUUUACGGUCGCGGCGGCAAGGGCAGAGUGACGAACGGCGAGCAGCAAGUGGUUGGCGGCCCCGCGGCUGCUGACAGAGCCGACGGCUGCGGUCUUCAGCUGCUUCCCGCCAGCAUGUCGCCUACCGCAGACGGCGCAGGCGGACCGCCGGGCGCUGGAAGCCCCGCAGGUGUUCUCGGGCCAUCCGGCGCGGCGCUCGGGGCUGGCAGAGGGCUAGGGGCGAUGGGGCCUCACGGUGGCGUACCGGGAUAUGGGGCUGUCGGCGUCGGCGGGCUUCGAGUCUCUGGCCUAGUCACAGAGGACAUUCCUGGAGUUGCGCGGCGCCGGACGCGAACUGGGCGAGGCCUCGGAGCCGGCCAAGAGGAUUUUGUCGGUCCCGCGAACGGGGAUCCGCCUGGAGGGUGGCAGGGCGGCGUGCAGCCCGUGUUUGACGGCAGGUACGGCGUCUCCUGGACUCAGAGUGGAAUGCGAGGCGGCUUUGGCGCGUACGGCGGACGUGACGGCGACUGGCGCAUGCCAGACAUUGCGGAAGCACCUGGCGAGCUCGAAGACGACACGGGGGUCUUUGCAGCAGACGAAGAGGUUGUGGCCUAUGUCCUUGAGUCGUUCUCGGUCACUGUGAAACGCCUGGCCGUCUGGAACGUCCUGUACGUCUCAGACGACUUCCCGUCGUUCGACAAGCCGCGCAAUUACCCAGUGAGCCCGGAGGCAGGCACGUCGCCACGAGCGUUUGAGGGACACCGAGAUGUCUCGGCGCGCCGCGAAUCCAGUGGCGGUGCAGGGACCGGCAGCCAGGCGGUGGCGGAGGCGAACCUGGGGCAGGGCAGUGACCGGUUGUCCCCGCAGGGCGCUGCCGACAGGCCGGGCGCGGCCCACCGGCUGACUGUCGGCGCAUGCGGGAGUCCUCGGAGCGCUGGAGCGAUCAGUGCAAAUGCGGGGUUCUCUCCAGAGUCACGAGGUCAACAGUGGGCAUCUGGUGCUCCUGCGGUGCCACGACUAGCUGUCCCACCUGUGCGAUCUCCAGAGCGGCCGGGCUUUGCGGCAGUCGGAAGCAGCUUCCGUCACGGCGAGGAGGCUGCGCCCCAGUCGUCAGCGCCAGCAGGCCUCUUCUUCGACAGCCGAGUCAGAAGAGCUCCAUUUCACCAGAGGUCCACGAACGUUCGCGGCCUCGGUUUCCACCCCUGGACAGGUUUCCACGCUCACCAUCUAAACGGCCCGUUGGUGUUGGGGGGAGCCGCAGACCUUCUACAGUAUGGUCACAUUGGGACGGGAGAACGCAGACUGAGUUCGAUACGGUCUCGGCACCACCCGUUGACCUUUUUAAGAGGGGGGUCUCACUCCCAUCCAGCGGCUCUCGCCAGCGCCGCGGCGGUUAGGGGAGCCCUCGCAGCCGCAGCCCAUCAAGGAGUCGGCGGGUUACAUCCCUCACUCCUUCAUUCGGGCGCACUAUUUAGGCGGCUGUCCGCGCAAGCUGUUGCUCUCCCUGGAGCGCACGCGACAGAUGGCGUCACCGCGCAUCUCCGCCACAGCUCUUAUCGCCACCGCAGAGAUGCGGUUGACGGGGUGACGGAGGACUCGGCGCAGCGGCCGGCAGGAGUGUCUUCCGGAACCGCGUGGGGAAGUCGUUCCGGAGGGGCGGGCGGCUCGUACAGUGGACCAACGGCAUCUGUGGGGGUCGGAUGGCCAGGUGUGGGGCAGGAGCCCCAGAGUGGAUGGGCGCUAGAGGACUCAGCCGCUUGUGUCUCUUCGCUGGACCUUCCACCAGAGUUGGUAGAAGCGAGUCUUCGCGUUCAGCAGUCGGCGGCGAAUCUCAUGGGAGCGAAUCUGCUGCUUCAGGAGCUCUGGUGCGACGACUUCGUUUCCAUGGCCCUCCCGAGUGUACCGUUCUUCGCCUACGCCGCUGCAGCUCAGCAUGUUACACCUGUGCUUUUCCCCGUCGUUGCGCGCACAACUUCCACCGGGGAGCAAACGUUCCUUCGGAAGCAGCGAGAUCAGGAACAGCAGGAACUGAAGAGGAAGCAAGACGAAUUGAGAGAGCAGACGCUCCUUUAUGAACAUGUGCUUCGCGCGCGGGCACAGGGUAAAAAGGGGGCGGGGGACAAGGGGCCGGGGGCCGGUUGGAGCCCAGGCGGCACACUGGAGAGCGUCGGUGGUGGGGUGGCCGAGGCGAAGCGGUCGAAUUUGGCGAGUGUGCGCUUCGACCCCGCCACCCAGUCCUACACCACGCGAGCGCGCUCGUCACGCGGGUCCGACAGUCGCCACGAAUCUUCUCAUUUUCCAGACGACAGAGACGCCGAGAAAGCGGACGGAGCUGCCGCUAGCCACAGACCGGAAGCUUCGGCGAACGUGGGCGGCCGUGCGUGUGCACAGGAUCCUCAUCUCAAGAUUCUGUUCCGUCUGAAAGACUGGGAGAAUGCAGAUGUCGGCAGUUAUGCCGACGCAGACGACAAGGGUGGCGACAAUGCGAUGAUGUGUAAGGUGUCUGUCCACCCCACGUUUUGCUCGGUGGACCCGUUCCUGGUGAAGACCGUGGUGCAGCUGGCGAGACCGGAAGGAGGGUUGGUUGGAGUCCUGCAGCGCUUCAAGACAGAGAUUGGGCGAAUCAUUCAAGAGCACAGCGAGACCGCUGCAGACGGGAGCGCGUUCUGCCUCGGCUCUGAAGUUGACGCGGGGAGAGACACGACGACCGGCAGCUGGGAGCGCGUCAGUGGAACCUCUGCUGGGCGUGUCCAUUUUGGACAGGAAACCGCGGAUUCUGUGAGCGGUAAAAAGCAUUCGGACCCGCCGGCGGAGAACGUGAAAACGGGGCCCGGCGCCGGGGAGUCGGAUACCGACAGAGAACGCGUGGCGCACGCGCCCGCCGUUGACCCACGAGGAGCCGGCCAGGCCCAGGAAGGCGCUGGGGCCGCGCGACUUGACGGGAAAGCCAAGGACGGGGCAGGGGGACCCAGCAGGGGAGCGAAGGCGGCGGCGGAGGCCGCCGCCGAUCGCGUCGACCACAAGCUGUGGGGCCACUCGUCCCAGACGUUUCGCGCGGCGGCGGGGUUUGCAUCCACCUUUCUCGAUCACUUGCCGAAAAGUGUUUUCCUUUCCGUUGGAAUUGACUCGCUCCAGGUCUCCUUCCCUGCGACAACGGCUGUACUUGCGGCGGCGAAGAUCCCCGCUUGGGUGCUCCCCUUCCCUACACGAUAUCUAGCUGUGCCUGCUCAUCGGAUCCCGUUGAGAGCCGCGCCGUACUAUCGGCUGGGAUGCUGCAGUGCUUUAUCGCACACUCCUACGGUCUGUGUAGACGUCAUUGCGACAUUGUCCUGUGAAUGCGCGGAAGACGCGGAACAGCGUGCAGCCAGCUCGCCGUAUGCGUAUUCUGCGCCCAUGCAAGGCGAUCUAGGGCCAGGCGUGCCUCGCAGCCCUGUGGUGGCCAAUCGUGGACAAGGGUUCUACGUCGAUCCUUCGCAGGCGUCGCCAGCGAUGUACCGAGCCAGAGGCGGUCCUGGGCCCGGAGGCUUCGCUCGUGGGCAUGUGGGGUCUCCCUACGCACCGGCUGGUUGGGAGCAGCUUCCUGCAGGAACUGUUUCGCCGGGUGGCUGGCAGCGGCUUGGCGUCGAUCCGAACCACGGCGUACCGGUUCGAGACGGCCAUCUCGCUCCCGCUGCCGGUGGAAUGCCUCCACAUCAUGGCUCUGCGCUGGGUCGCGGGGCACCAGGGGUGCAUCCUAAAAGCCUCUAUGGCUCUGCGCCACUGUACGGGGCCGCGGGAGCCCCUCGCGGUCUACCCGGUCCCCCGGUGUUCGACGAAGAGGGGGGCUGGCGGCUGCCCAGUCUGGAGGAGGCUGGGGUUCCACCGACCGGUCAUGAGGUGCGCGACAGAGUCGGUGGACAGAGUGUGGGCCGCGGGGCGCCCUCUGAGGCUGGGUCGGAUUCUCUGGGCUGGGCCGGCCCUCUGUCUCUUGGGCUCCCAGUCCUGCGGAUCCAGCUGCUGGAUCAGGCUCGAAUGCACGAUCCAUCGGGUCCGAGUAGCGCACAGGCUGUCGCUGCAGCCCGGACCGUCGUGGUGGCGACGUCAGACGCAGAAAAAGUACCCGGCGAUGGGCCCAGUCAGCCAGGGACGCAUGCGCAGUUCUUUCAAGAGUCGCGGGGCCGCCUGGGGCCUAGACAGAGAGAGGCCCCGGCGUCUGUGGGGGGGCAGUGGUCAGCCGAGCCGCGCGCGCGGCCUGGCGAGGAUUCUGUAGAGGGAAGAUCCGUCACCUCGAGCGCGUGGCGCGCCGCGAUCCUGGAUGUUCGGGUGGACAAGGUGGUGGUAACGUACACGCCGGCGGAAGGCGACCGCCUGACUGACAGUGGGGGGAUCGAGUGGGGAGUACCGGAAGCGGUGCAAGGAUGUCUAGAGCUGUCAGUUGGAAAUGUGACGAUCUUCACGCAAGACGGCUCACGUCUGUUACGCAACACCUCAUCUUUACGAAGGCUGUUCGCAAUCCCUUUGAGUUCGUCAACGCCUGGGGGAUUCGGUCAGGCCGCAGGAGGCACUGCAUCGUCCGCGCCGUGGUGGCCGCAAUACGGCGGCGCCGGCGGCCGGAUGGGCGUCCCACCGCCUGUCGCGAAAAAAGAGGCUAUGCGGUUCGGCCUUUCUUCCAUGCUCGCAGGCCGGAUAGAGGACAAGUUUCUCCAGCUGUCUGUGACGAGCUCGCGUUCCGUAGUCGAGGCCAAGGGCCGUGUAGCCAUGACGCGUGUGGAGGCGCAAAUCGACCAUUUGGUGGGUUGCGCAAGCUGGGUGGUCCUCCUCGUCGAUUUCUUGAAGCAGCAGCAGAAGGCAGAGGCAAAUUUGGCAGCUGAAGAGACACUCGAGCUCAUCACAACGGGGUCCUCCGAAGCGGGUGCAGCCGGAGAACGUGGGGACGCGAACGGCGCUGUGCAUCGCACUCGCAGCGGUCGUCUGAGCGACAGUGGUGAAUUCUACGGAAACCUCGAGGAGUUUGAACGAAGCUCGUUAGUCGACCGCUCGGCUGAAGGCCUUGAAGAGCCGUAUCUCAGCACUGCUGGUGACAGAGACACUCUGUUCAGUCGCCCUUUCGUGGGGACUACCGCGUUCGAAGGGUCUGAUGAUCCUUCCCAUAGCGAUGACAGCCAAGCAGACGCCGGUCUCACCAGUGGAUCGCAUUCGCGCCACCGGCACGAACAACAGCUGCAGCUUCUGCGGAUGAUGAAACAAGUUCGGGGACUCGGCCUCGUCAAGCUUAUGUUUCCAGCGUUUGAACUGCCGGUAGACUGUACCGCGCUGGGCGAUCUGACGCUACCCCCGCUCUUGCCUCCUCUCCUCCCUCAAGAGCCUCUCCAGUGCCUCGUGAAGGACGAUUGCGGCCACGAGGAGCCGGAUCCACUCGCCCAGUCUCCCACAUUUUCCGAUGAUCACCUCGAUCGAUGGGGACGUAGACUCCAAGUCGAGGAAGAGGACGCGGCGGGACUGCCCUCCAACGCAGUGAACUCCCUCCAAAGAAUGAGCACAAGUGGACUGUUAGAGUUCCACAACGGAAAGCUCAAGAAACUGAGGAGCCGUCUCGGAGGGCGCCCCAGCGCCACUGCAGCUUCUUCGGGGACUGCGUACAGCUGCGGUGGCCGGGGGGCAACGCUUCAGCGCAGACAAACGGUUCGACGCCUGCUGGGGCGUAUUUCGGGCUCCGACGACUUCCAGUCGCCUUCAUCCCAUGGGCUGUAUCAGGAAAGAAAGCCUUUCAAAGGUCAAGACCCUCCAGACGAUGGCCGUGACUACGGCUCGUUCCUCGGACGCUAUGAGACAGCCACGCCACUGCCGGGUGAUCCUGGUGUCUACAGUAGAUUGGUCGACGGCGCGGAGGAUGACGGCGAGGUCCGGUCCGAUGUGCUUACGGAUGCUUCAGCGAAGCGAGCGGCGGCAGGUCGACGAGUGGGGAAGGAUCGGCUUCGUAGGGUUGUCAGGAUUCGAGGACUCUUUGGCCGCAAAAAGAACAAGAAUUGCGUGGCAGGUGGACACCCUUUAGACUUCGAAGAGUAUUCGAUGGAGGAGGAACCUUUCGGAGAAGACGAUGAUCAAUCUGGCCGUUUACGGCUUGGCUCAGGGGGGCCCAACAGCAGCAUGCCCGGCGCACAGCGGUCGCCGUCUCUCUCGUUCCGCCGUAGCCGCUCGGGAUCUGUCCCGAAGAGUUUCUUCUUCCCGCGCGCGCAGCGUAACGCCCGACGAGACCACGCGUCGCCCGAAGGCGUCGCCAGCCCGCCACGCGCAACCGAUGCGACGCAUACAAUCUGUCCACCGGGAAUUCUUCGUCAAGACAACUUCAGGGUCCCCGAUCUGGGGUCCGGUGUGUGUCGACGCUUGCCCCGUCACGAGCGGUGGCGCCGGCAUCGCGACGACGGCGGGGUGCCGGCUGCAGAUCUCUCUUGGAGCGUUCGAGCGUCAAGUGGUUCUGCUGCAGGUUCCGUUCCUUCGUUCACGAAUGCCGCCACUGUUGCCGUCUUCAAGGGGAUUGGCGAGGCUGUCGCGUCUGCGAAGAAGCGAAGCAAGCUGUUUCUCACGGUCGGUGUCUCACAGAGAAGAAAAGUGGUGUCAGUCGACCUCGACGGCGUUGAAGCGUGGCUUGUCCUGCCGCCUUCUGACGCGAUGGCGCUCCGCAAUUCCGUAGGGACGGAAGCGCUGGGGGGAGGAGGAAGGUACGUUGGAGGGCCGCUCUGCACAGGCAAUGGAUCAGUGGGUGGUCUCGAAGCUGGCGCUGUCUUGGGUCGGACGCUGGUGACAGCCAGCACUGCCAAUAUCCGGGCAACAACGCCCAGCACGGCGACGCCGGGGACCGGAGAAGGGUCGUUGAAACCACGGAUCGAGAACGCGUGCGAGCGACACGCGGCCGCACUGGCGACCGGGGCCGACGCAAGCUCGACGGUUUCCGCGGAAUCCGUGUCGUUGUCAACAAACACGACCGUUGAGCCUUCGGGGAGCAGUAUGGUGAGCUGUACGAGCAGCGGUGGCAGCGACGAUGUUUCUUCAUCGGGCUCCGCUCUAUCAGACGACGACGUCCUCUUUUCUGGCACGUCCCAGUCGGUUUCCUCGACGGGUUCCAUGCUCCCCAGACUGCAAAUUCUCUCCACUGCCUACAAAGUCGCCGGAUUCCUCCUCGACGAAGAGCAACGGAAGAACAGCAAGAACCGCCAGACGAUCGCGGUUGGUGCUUUGGUCUGCUGCUCGCUGAGUGUGCAGCAGCACUGCGCGGAAGUCAGCUCGGCGGUCAGUGUGCGCAGCCUAAGUGUGAUGAUUGGGACGCCCACGCCGAGUGAAGCAUUCAUCGACUUUGUCUCUCCAGGCCUUUCCCGAUUCAUUCAUCUGCCCACAUACCAGGGACACGCCGAGUGGUUUGGGACCGCUGGUGCCAUGGCAGGGGCCGGGGGAUCCGUCUGCAACUAUUCCGGCGCGCCUCCGGGGUGGCCUGAUGGCUCGCCUGCCCCCAGCGGCGCGUCCCCGGGGCCUGGCAACGGCGCGUGGCCCAGCGAAACGGGGACCUUCAUGGGAACUCCUGGCAAGUUCCACGACGCGGGAUUUGGGGCGUUUGGGGCUAGCGGUGUCCCUGACCGAGGGAGCCUUGCAGGCCAAGGCGUUCAGAGUCAGGUGGGACCGGCCGCAGUGUCCGACGGCGUUGUGCAACCAGAGUACAUGAACGGAGUGUUCGAUGGGAUCGGCCAGGGAGUCGCGGGGACUGCGGCUGUCGCAUCUGAUCGCCUGGGCGGCGCACCCGACGUGGGAAAUGCGGCGUGGACGUCCGGAGCAAGGUUAUUUGUGGCGGGGAACCCAGGAGGUGCGACGAACCAGAAGCACGGGCGUCUAGGUUCGCGCCUGUAUCGCAACGCAGACGACGGAUGGCGCGUAACACUCCGGGGUCUCCCGGCUGUUCUCGAGGGGUUCAGCGGUGCUGUCUUGCUGCCCAAUGUGCACAUCCGCACGGACCAUCUCCUCUCGAUAUCACCGUCAUAUCUGGCGUUUUCGGGCGUUCCGGGCGCCACGGGCCGCGUUGACCUCGACAUAAAUGACCCUCAGGUCCACUUUUCGUUCGAAAUCUUCCAGGGUCUUGUCGAGAUGCACUCGCGGCUCGAACAAGAACUCGCGUCAGCAAAGAAAAGCAUCGCUUGCAGCUUUUCUCCUUCUGCUCAGACUUUAUCGGCGGUGGCGGCAGCCCAGCAAGCGGCCGCAGCAGCUCUCCAGGCUGCCACUGGAACACAGGGUGGGGGCGCACCCGUCUCUCCGCAGCGGUACUUUUCACGAGACUUCGGCGUGGUGAGUGCUGGCCCCGGGUUGCAGGAAACGCUCGGCUCUCAGCUUCAAGCUGGCGGCGACGCGGGCAGCAGUGCUAUCUCGGCGGUGGGAAGCAGUCGCAGCAGCGACAGCGGCGCCCUCGCGUGUGGGAAGGCAGGGAGCGCACACGCCGAACUCGUCCGAGCCCUCUAUCCGCAUACUUGCGGGAGAUUCAUUACCAACUACGUUGUCCGAUUGGGGGACAACAGCAUGGAAGGACAGCUUCUUGACCUGCUUGCUGCGUCCCUGAUCGGCUUUCCGUCGGUUGUGGGCGCGGGGCAGCAGGGGCGGCUAGGAGCCCUCUCGCGUGCGCCGACGAUCAAGACAGGGGGGCCGAAUGGCCACGCGGCGACUGUGGAAGAGCUUCAAAAGCCUGGAACCAAACUGGGGACGAGUCGCCGAACGAUGAUGGAUUCCGAAUCGUUUGAACGGGCGUCUUCAGAUAGUGACUCCGCGCACAGCGGCACGUCAGAAAGCAAGUCGCCGUCUGGAGUGCUUCGCGAGUGGGAUGAAGCCAACGACACGAGAAGAGGCUCUCUUGUGAACGGCGCGGGCCUCGCGUACCCGGGACCGGAUGGAGAUAUGACAGAUCUGGAUGGCGGCCAGGCUCCGGGAACGACUAGCCACCAGAAUUCGGUACACUUGCUAGGGGACGCGAAAAGCUCCAGCGUUAGUUCUGGGCCCCUCCCUGGGGCAAGUCAACACCGGGCUACGGUGGGAAGACCCGCCACGGCUGUGGGGUCGCCUGUGUCCGCAGGAGAUAGUCGGCCAACGACGGCUGGCACACCCGCGGGCGGAGUGCCGUCAGGGACGACCACUGUGGGGUUUCGUUUUGGCGCUCGAGUGUCUCUCGAGGAGAGCGCCUCGUCGCUUCGUGGCCAUGGAAGGGGGAUAGGCGGCAGAGAAGACAGUUGCCUUGACGAGGAAUCGGACGAUGAAGAAGCCGAGGACGUUCCGGUUGUCAAAAUCAUGGAAGCUGUCGGUGUGAGUCCAGUCUCUGUGCAGGCCGUGGGCGGGGGCGGUCCGACGCUGGCCAGUGCGGGCCAAGGUGUGCUGGCGCCGUCUGUGGGGCUAUCGACCGCCUUGGGAGAUACCAGCGGCUACUACAGCUGGAUCGGCUCCGCCGCUGAGGCAGAAAGAGUCCCAAUGGUUGGCGACGCUGAGGACGUGGGCACGUCCGUCCUGGGACAAGGAGCAGUCGAGUUCAGCGACCCGAUUCAUAAGGUGUUGGACUUCCUGUUGGCCUUGACCCAGUACAAGGUGGAAGGCGAGACGGAGCUGGAUGUCCACCUCAGUAUCCGAGAGUGCACUGUGGAGUUUCACGACUCUCACGGUUCUCUCAUGAAGGUCCGUAUCCUCGUCGUCAAAGGACAGGCCUACAUCCACCCGCCUGUCCGCGGGCCGAAUGCUUUGAAGCGGUUUGGAGCGAGGAUGGAAGUGAUGAUUACAGGAUACGACCCGAUGAGUAACUCUCAGGAGGAGAUUCUUCACCCCCUCACUGCUGCCGUCACCAUGAAGCGCGAGUACUCCGAUCCCCUUGUGUCCGACUGGUCCUGCCUCCACAUUCAAGCGUCUUUGGGAGGCGUCUCCUUCGACAUCAGCAGCGGUUUGCUUCAACUUGUCUCUUACAUCAUCAAUACCGCCAAAGAAAUCCUUGACCGCGAAGAGGGGUGGCUCGGUACCCACAACAGUCUCCGCGUCUACAACGACCUCCACACGGAGAUCCUGGUUAUGCACAAGCAGCGAACACGAGACAAGUCGAAGACCUGGCGCUUCCACAAACUCCUUCCGAACCAGUGGUUGGUGGCCCCGACGUCGCUGCUGUUCUUUUCCGUCCGGAAGUAUUUCCCGCGGGAAUCGUCUGGCGAGGAUGAAGACAACGAGAACGAAGGAGGCGUUUGGCGGAGCCCGUCGCUUCAUCUCAACGACGAGGAGGACGUGCGGGCCUUGAUUGACAGUCUCAUGGCUCUAGGCACGAGCCGGCAGAAGAACCAGUGGCUGAAGGCGCAGGAACGAAUCCUCCUGUUUGCAAGCACGCGCGCAACUCAACACCCUCUGGAGCUUCUCGCUGACGACAUGCCUCUCUUAUCUGGGGACGGAACGUCCCCGAGCGACCGAAGUGGACAGCGAACUGCAGCUGAACAACUUUUGCAGCUGAUGCGUCGCGAACCCGGGUGGUGCAAUCUGGGGCGCCUGCAUGCGGACUAUUCGAAUUGUCGGUGCUAUUGUCUCCACAAUGCGGGCUACAAAGUUCUCGUGGAGCCGUACGUGGACCGCGUGCGCGGCGUCUGGAGCCUGACAGUUGGAAGCUGUGUGCAGAUUCAAAACAGCUGCUCGAUGCCUCUUCGAAUCUACGAAGGCCGGCACCGGACCUACCUCCAAGGCGUCGCCAACAGUUGCUGUGGGCGGGCAGGGAGUUUGGAGUGGAAACGAACGGACCUGGGGAACUUUAUCGACAUCAUGCCGCAGGCAAGGCGCUCAGUGCCCCUCUCUUGGUUCGAGACAGGUCGUGUGCCGGGCUUUGCGCCGCUGGUCGAGCCUGACGCGUCUCACGAUGUCCUGUGGCGGAUGAAAGAAGAAGAAGACCGACCCCACGGGAUGCGAGCCUGGGCUGGCCAUGGCGACACGUCCUUGCCGCCCGUCCCCUUCUACGCUCUCCAUAAGCUGCUCAAUCAGAAGAACCCGGGGGACAACCGUCGCCUGGUGCUGCCGCCCUUCACGCUUCAGCCUCGAGGCAUUCUCAUGUUCCACGGCUCUGUGGAUGUAACGGACGUGCCUUCCCAACACACCAAUCGGAUUGCUCACAAGUACGUCGUGAAGAUUGAGCCGAUGCUCACCAUCAAGAAUACGCUUCCAUUCCACAUUUCGAUUCGUCUGUCGGUGCGGAACAGCCACCAAAAUCAUCGCGGGUCGCGAGGUCGGCGGCGAGAAACUCAAGGCUCGCUGGAGUCCGGCCUCGAAGGCAGCGGCAUGCGGGGCCUUCGCGGAGACUCCAAGUCGGACAUUGCGGGGCUCAGGCCGGUCGGAGGUCUCUUGGGGCUUCCGCGGCCUGGGAGGGGCGACGCGGGUGGCAACGCCCCAGGGACUCGAGAAAGCGUCAAAAGCGGCGUUAGCGCGGGAGACGCUCGCGGCUCAACUGGGCUCGGCCGGUCGCUGGGGGACCGAGCAGAAGCCGAGGGAGAUAUCAGCAGGACGGGCGACGGUCUCGAUAGCUGGAGCGAGGGCGGUCGAGGAGACAAGGGCCGUGCGGGCGGGGAAACCAGGAUGGCAAGUCACUUUAGGGGCGCUGGAGGCAAGAGCAGCCUGAUGAUUGACAGAAGACGGAAAGGCAAGCAAACGGACGCGAUGAAACUUCUCAGCAACAAAUGGGUAAAGGCCAAUAUCGCCCCUCACGAAGUUUGGGGGAUUCCCGUGAGUGAGCAGCGGCUCUAUAUGAAGGUGUCUGUCCAUGGCGCGCCGCUCGAGAUCUUUGAAACAAAGCCCUUACCGGCAGAGUUCAUCAGUGAGGUCCAGAAUUUCAUUUCCCCUCUGCGGUCAAAACACGCAGGCGGAGGCAGUUCGGGUGCCGAUGUCGACGGCGCUGCGUCACCACAACGAAAGCGCGGUGUGGGUCCGACGGAAAACUUUCUCCAUCAGCCUGCGCGGAAGAGAGGCUACUUUCACCAGGGACCUAGAAUGGUCUACGAGUCAUCACGGUUCUCUGUUUUCCUUCCCCAUCAGGAAACAGUCACCGUGUCGCGGAUCCUUUAUCACCGGCGAGGGAACCUACGGGCGCUGCUGCCUGAAUCGGCGCGGCGCCUGGCUCUUGCAGAUUUGGGAAUCAUCGCGGGACGGAAGCACCGAGGACGGGCUGCAGGCCUCGACAUGUAUGCGCAGAUGCAGGUUGCGGCAGACGUCAGUCGACGGCAAGUCACCAUCUUUAGUCCCUAUUUCUUCGAAAACCUAACCGACGCGACUCUCGCCAUCAACGGCCUGAUUGUGCCGAGCAAAUGCCGACUGUAUUCAACUGAGGAGGAUGCAAAAAACCUCAUUCUGAAGGUCUUCAAGGUCGAUCCGCUGAGCAACCAGAUUCUCCACACGCAUCUCAGCAAGCGCAUGGAUCUCACCGGCAUCUCCACUGCGCGGCCACCUCUUAGUCUCCGGUUUACGCCGGUGAAACGGAAUCGCGGCCUACGUUUUGGGUGGGGGAAGCGGCGCGCAGAAGCUGCUGGCGCCUCGGUUUCGUCCCUACCGGAUCCGCAAGUCUUGCGGGGAGGAGACAGGUUAUCCUCCGAGAGACUGAGGCCCCUGCUGGAAGACAUCGAUUCGAGUGAAAACAGAGACAACGGCGGCGACGGAGUACUAGGUGCCGUGCACUCGGUGUUCAACGAUCCGUGGCAUGAGCACGGAAGUCCGCAGGAACGCAGUCUGACUGAAGAUGCACAGUCCGACUGGACGUACACGGACAGCCUCGAUGAGAGGACUGAUAAGCAGGAAGAUAGCGACGACGAGGAAGCGUUCUCGCGUAGCGAUUCUCUCUUGGAUGGGAUCAGCGGGGAACCAGGCGAGAUGGCUGAGGGGAAGAAAGGUUCAGCUACGGGCGCGGCUCGGGUGCCUGGCGCAGCAAGAGGUCGAAGAGCCCGUGCGCUCCGGGACCGGCUCAUGCGGAGAGGCAAAGGCAGUUUUCCGCGUGGCAAACCCCAUCAUCCUGCAGCCGGUUUAGCCAUUCGCGUCAUCCCCAACUCACAGCCCCCCCACUGGUACGGCGACGCGCAGGCCCCUGACCCCCUGCGAGGGAACCGGAGUCCCGUCAGCUCGCGCGUACCGCCCCACUCGCUGUCGGCAGGGCGCCCCGGAAGCGGCGGUGAGAGCAGACGCGCAGACGAAACGGGCGACUUUGGAGGCCACGGAUCGAAGCGGAAGCUUCUUGUGUCUCACAUCCGCCGCAUGCGCCGGACAGAGGCUCUCCGGGGGUUGCAUGAGCAACAGGACCGCAUGCGUCAGCAAAAGGAGCGCCGAGUGCCCCGGGGAGAAAAGCUGCGGGGGCGUGCAACGGUCGCGCCUCCGUCCGAAAGGGACGACGCGCUGUCUGUGUGUGAGACGGUCCAGGCAGACUGGAGCGGUCCCGCAGGCGCCCCGUCGGCAGUCAGUGUGCCGGUAGGAACAGCACCGGAGAAGGCCGCGCCGGGCGCAGGGAAGAUGGCCCUCUGGAGCGGCAGCACCAGUAUUGUCAUGGGAUGCUGUACGCGGUACGCGGAGCUCCCGUACAACACGUCGAAGAUCGUUAGCUUCAUCAACCGAUAUGAAUUCGUAUCUCAACUCCCGUUCCCCGUUCUCGUGAGGGAUGUCCGUGUCAAGUCCGGCGUCCUCGGCGUCAUGAGCGCCCGGAUGAAGCAGCGGCUGUGCGAAAUGGUGCUUCUCCCUGGCCAGUCAAAAGCCUUCCAUUCGAUGGAGUCCAAGGUGACACUCACCCAUCCCGCUCGGACGUUAACGUCUCUUCCCUUCUCUCUGGUUCCGCCCCACGUCCCGUCCUCGUUCCAGGUUGAGCUCCUGCCUUCCGGUUCCGCGGGCGCGCAGGCAAAGGGAUCUUCGGGAAACAGUCAGCAGCGAUCCUUAAUCGUCCAAGUCAACAUUGUGUCCGGGCUCUUUGGCGAUGUCCCGGCGCUCCCCUACACGUACAACGGCCUUUUCCUGGUCCUGACCAUUCCAACGUGCCCGCAGUUUCAAAUCUGUAACCUCACGCGCUACUGCCUCGCCUAUCUUCCGGGGGAGACCACCCGCCAACACCGGCAGCAUAUCCAGGCAGAGCAGGCACAAGAAAUCAACGCGAAUGCGGCGGGAAACCUCGGCGACCAUGCGGGCUCGCAGCCGUCGUCAAUUCCCUUGAGUGGGGAGGGCGUGGCAGAGCCUGGCGCAGGCGUAGCCCAACAGCUCUACCCUCGCGGACUCGGUCAAUCGCACAUUGGCGUGCCCGGGCGAGACGGGAAACUAGCGGGCGGCGGUGUGGCUGGGGCUCGCGGCGCCAAAAAUCGUCCAGGGUAUGGAGCAAGUGGUUCCGAGAAGGCGCCCGCCGGCGGACUCAUGACGACGGCGCGGCUCGUUCCUCCGCACUCGGCUGUUCCCUACAUUCCUCCAGCUCAGAAGAAUAUCGAAAGCGUUCGGGUCCAUCUGCGCGUUGUCGAAGCUCAGCAUUGUGCUUGGUCCACCCACUGCCUCGCCAAUGUAGUUGACCACCUUCAGCCCAUUGAGUUUGUUCCGCGGCGGCAGGCCACGGCCAACGGUCUCGAACAGGGACAUUCCCACUCGGCGAGCGAAGAGUUCCGAGGCGUCAGCGGCGGCGUCCUGGCGGGAGCACAAGCCGGGGCCGGCGCCACGGCGGACGGUAACAUCCCUCUGGGCGUCAACCAGAUGCCGUCGUUCGCCGCCAGACAGCCAGGCCUGGUGCCGUACACACUUCUUACUUCUCCCGCGCAGCCGAUGCCUUCAGGAAGUCAACAACAGCUCAUGGCUCUCGCAGCUCUGCGAGCAGGCGCAGGAGGCGAACUGGGAGGCGCCGGUUCUGCAGGCAGUCUCCCGGUAGUCCUGUCGAGCCAGCGCCCUGGAACCUACCACAGCGGGAUCGGCGGGCUAGGGGCGCCAGCAAGCAGUGUGCACCUAACUCCGCCUCCUGCUUCGGCGACGACCUUGAGCAUCGUGACGACGAGUCACCUGUCGCCCAGAUCGCAGCUGCCGCGCUUCACGACGACCGGAGCGCCCCUGGCCGAAGGCGGGGGACCGGCUGGCUGGUCCUACUGGGGCGGACCAGCCUCGUCGAAUCUGGGGGCCGCCGCGCCUGACGGGACGUUGUAUCUCGCUUCUGCGCCAACCGGAUCCGCUCCUCAGCCCUCGUCCGGAAUGGCCACGCCGACUAUGAGCACUGCCGCAGGAGCUGCGCUCCAUGCAGAGUGGCUUCGAUCAGGCGUGACCGCACUGGGGGGCCCUGAGGGACCGGGCGACGCCAGCCUGCUGGGGGUGGCGGACCAUGGCGACGGGGUAGCGCACAUCGAACUGACGCCGAGAAGGAGAGUGAAGAUUUCCGAGCAGAGACCGGCCAACAACGCGGAGACCCCAGUCACAGCCGUCUCUUUUGUAUCCGCACCGGCUGCGCCGGCUCCCCAACACAGCACAUCUCAAGCAGCGCCGCUGCAGCGGAAGAAGUUGUGGACUUUCCUCAUAGUCUCCAACACAGGUUCUCGGCUGUUAAUGGUGUGCGAGUCCCGCCGUAUGGCGCACAAGGUCCGGGCGGGUUUAACGAGCUUUGGCGAACACCUUGGCUCUGCACAGGCGGCUGGCACAGCAAACAGUCGGAUCCCUUCCCAGAAGUACUUGACGACGAGCGCUGUCGCUCUGUUUCCUGGGGCAGAGCCUGUCGCAAGUGGCCUCGAUCAUUUGUACGGGUCGGCCGUUCUAAGCCCCUUCGACGAUGUGCGAAGCGGCCCGCUAAGGGGAAGACGGCCGGGAGGAUGCUGGGAAAACGGCACGAAUAGUCGCGAGAGUCUCUUUGGAACUCUUGAAGAGUGGAUGCGGAGCAUCCCUGGAGAAGUGUAUGGAGGGGAGGUAGGGAGCUCUCUUGUCAUUUCAGCAGACUCCGCCGAUAUGUGGUUUGGCCAUCCUGCCAAUCACGCCAGGGGCGCCGGCCUGUUGGAACUUCUGCUGAUGUCAAUGACCAAGGCCGAAGACGAAGAAAGUCUCGAGAGAAAUGCUCACGGAGAUGGGCUUCUGAGUCACAGCCACGGCGGUGACCGAAAGUCGUCAAAGAAGAGGAGACAGAAGAAACGGAAGCAAACGGACGUCGAUGGCGUCAACAGACCGCCUCCGUGGCUAGGUCUGAGCUACGAGUUCCAUCUCCCGAGGCUGACAACGACGUGGAUCCACCAGAAUGAAGUGGUUCUCGCGCUGCACAUGACGAACUUUUCAGUGGCGGGGUCGGUCAUGCCGAAAGACACCGAAGCAAUUUUCCGUGCAUACCCGGCGCUAAUCCACACAGCUGAACAGAAGAGAAAGCAAGUAGUGAUGGUGCCUAUGCGGGGCAUCAUGCACGUGACCGACCUGCCUGAAUUCGAGACUCGGCUGCGGCACCGGAAACAGAAGCGGCGUCGCCGCAGGAGGCGCAGACGCGAGCGUGAAGGACGCGGGAACGGCCGUGGCAUUGGGAGCGGCUUCGACGAAUCGGGAGACGAGUUGAGCGAGGGAGAUGAACACAGCGAAUCGUCUGGAAGUGAAGAAGAACUGUAUGGAGCCCGCUUGGCGAGUGGUGUGGGCGGCGGGGUGAAAGGCAAAGGGAAGAAAACCCGAGGAAGUCACUCAGCUCCUCCGGACUUCCGGACGCUUCUUUUCACCAACAGUACGGCCUCGAUCCUCCUGCAGAUUUCCAUGCUGCAUUUGGACCACUUCGUGAGAGGCGACAUUCCCGUCAUCUUGAAGAACACGCCGCCGAAGGAUUCCAGGCAAAAAGACGUGUUCCUCUGGUUCAACGUGCAGCGGUCUUUGGUGGAUCCCCGGCAAGCGCCCAUGUAUGACCUGAUCGAACUGAAGAUUAGUUCUCUCAGCGCCAACAUCGAGUUGCUGGUCAUCGAGCAGCUGAUCCAACUGGCGGAGAAGGAGAUGCAGAUGCUCGAGGUCUUCCAAACCACUCGACAGCAGGUAUGCCCCGCCCUUCAGACGGCGCUGAAGUGUCGGGAGGCGGUGAAGGCCAUCCUCGACCUACACGCAGUGGAGAAACACUGGAACCACCAGCGUCUAGCUCCAUCGCAGCCGCAACCAUUGGCGCACGCCCUGAACGUCGGUGUCAUCUCAGGGCCUUCCUACACGCUGAAUCACCCAGGCGGACCGUCCACGGUCUCGGCAGGGGGAUUGACGUCUGGGGCAGUCUUAUCCGCAAGUCCCCUUCUCGGGGCAGCUACCAUGUCUGCGCCGUCCCAGCAGAUGCUUCUUUCAGAACAGGGUCUACCGGGGCCAGGGGCAAUCUCGGCCUCGCAAGCAGGUAGCCAAGGAGCCGUUACGGGUGGGCCGUCAACCUUAGGCGGGGUCCAACAGCCUGAAUCGCUGGACCAAGUGCGGCGGCAGCUGCCUCUUCAGCUUCAGUAUUAUUGCGAGCCUCGUAUUCUCAUAUCGACGAAAUAUUCCCACGUCUUCGUCUAUCCAAACCCUCGAUGGGUUGAGCUCCAAGACGCAGCCCCGAUCUACCUGAAGCAUUUACGCAUCGGGCCCAUGGAUCUGACCGUGUCCAUUCGUACAAGUGAACAUCGCAUCUCUCGACAAGUUCUCCACAUUGUUGACGCACUGCCUCUGGAUACUCCGUACAUGAGUAUUCAGAUCGCAGGCGAGAAACGCCGGUUCAUCGUGUGCUCUUGGGACGAACUCUUCUAUUCUCUCCGCAACAGCUACAUGAGGCAGUUCAUCCGGCAGUCUCUCCCCUCUGCCUGGAUGUCGAACCCCUUUGCCUUCGCCAUGGGAUUCAUCCGUGGGUGCGGAGCGCUCGUCAGCCAGACGGUGAAGGGAGCGACGAGCGGCGGGAAUGUCUUCGAAGGGCUCGUCACUGGAUUCCGCAUUGGAUUCAUCCUCUUCAUCAUCUACACGAUGGGCGGAAUUAUGCAGUCGCUCAGCCACAUCUUGAACAUUCUCCACAAGCUGCUCGGAGGCAGCAGGCCCAGGCCGUAUGGCGUCUUGGAUGCAUUUUGGAAAGGCUUCAACGGCUUCCUUCUUGACACCUUUUGGCGGCCUUGGGUGGGAAUAGCAACUGAGCCCAUCGCCAGCGUCAACCGAGGCGACAGUUGCCCCAAGACGACAGCGCUUCUUUGCAUAUGUCUCCUGCGGUGUAUCUUCUCUCCGGUGUUUGGCAUUCUUAACUUCCUGACAUCCAUCACUGAGGGUUUCUCCAACACUCUUAUUGGAGACUUUGAGCAGUUCACGCGCGUCCAAGAGCGGGCGGAUCUCGGCAAGAAGCACAAACAGUCUCCGCAGCACAGUCGCUCGCCACAUACCGGUGGCGUGCUUGACGGCACUGGCGGCGCUGUGGGCUCGACGUCCUCGCCUGCAAGCACUCCCCCGGGGAGCCUUGGCGCAUCGCUUGCUUCCACGGCAGGGCGAAGCAGUUUGGGAUUUAUGGGUCGGGGAGGGCCGUACUUUGGACCGAGUGUUCAGGGCUUGGGUGGUGGCGACAGAGGUGACGGCGCAGGGGUGGGCGGAGACUGGGGACGCCUCGGGAAUGCGUCUCCGGCCGCAGGUGAUGGUGUCCUUCGCAGUGGAGUGGGACGAGACAGUCGAGGCUACUUUGACGGAGCGAUGCCGAGAAGAGGGCGCCAGAGCCGUGAUUCCUUUGCAGUGGUUGGAGAGCUACCAGGUGGCCGAAACAGAGCUGUGGACGGUGACGGAGGUGAAAGAUGGCGCAAAGAGCGAAAGCGGCGCGAUAGCUUCGGAUCAAGAUUGACGUCUGCAUUUAGGAAAAUGUCUUCUUCGAAGCAAGUCACUUUUGCCGUGUAA